AUGACGAUUCCCUUUGCGGUUCCUUCGACUGCGUUGGUAGAGAAGAAGGCGAUGUUGCGAGUUUCCAGCGGAUUCUCAUUGGUGCAGUCGGGAGAACGUGAUUGUGGCUCGGACUCACCAGUUGGAGCUUUCCUGUGCUACGUCGCUUACUCUGUCGACUACUUCACCAUGGAGUAUCCAUCUAAGGACAAUUUGUAUCUCGGUAUAGUACUGAUGACUGUCGUCGUGAUCACCGGAUGUUUCCAAUACUACCAAGAAAGCAAAUCGAGCAGAUUCAUGGAUUCCUUCAAGAACAUGGUUCCCACGUUCGCUCUCGUUCAUCGUGAUGGACAGAAGCAACAAAUCCGAACGGAGGAACUGGUCGUCGGUGACAUCGUCGAAGUGAAAGGC